AUGGGACAACGGCUGGCGCCAACGCUCGCUACUGCUUUCAUGGCUAAAAUUGAGGCACCGAUUUGGGAAACACGACCCUUGCUUUAUUGCCGAUAUAUCGACGACUGCUUCCUCGUCUGUUCGUCUCAAGCAGAGAUGGACAACUGUUUCAAGAUUUUAAAUGAGCAGUCGGUGUUUAUAAAGUUCACUCGGGAUAAGCCUAAAGGAGAAUGGUUACCCUUCCUCAACGUCCAAGUGCAUAUUUCAAACAGAACGCACAGGACAAAGUGGUACCGCAAACCCAGUAAUAAGAAUAUCCUAGUUCACUUUGUUUCUGCUCAUCCCACACAAGUUAAAAGGUCGGUAGUACGAAAUAUGUUUCGUACGGCCACCUCCGUUUGCACUGGAAGAGAGGAAAGACGAGAAUCUAUCGAGCUUGCUAGGAAAAUUGCGGUCAGUAACGGCUACACACCUAUGUGGUCUAUCACAAAAAGAGCACAAACCCGAAAUAAAUCUGGUAUGGAGAAAGUACCCUUUUGUGUACCGCUUAUUUCCGAUGAGGUUAGCACUGCUAUUCGGCGGUGUCUGAGGAAAGCUAAACUUGAAGAAUGUGUUGCCAUCGUGGAGCUCCCCUAG